UACUAUUCUAAGAAAGAGGAGAUAGCCGCAAUCCUUCUACCCACCAAAUGCAACAUCUGAAUCCUUUGCUAUGCAGGAACAACAUAUGUGAUGACCCCGUCAUGGAUGCUUGUAAGCUCCGUGUAAGUUAAUUGGGCAAGCAAGUGAUAUUUGGUAUUUUCCUUGCCUCUUUUGCAAUAUCCACGUGUGUCGGGUUUGGAUAAUUUUGGCUUGCAAUUUUAAGGAAGUCCAGGUCUCUUUAUCUAGCAAGAUGGAGUACCGGGCUCCCGCCGCCUUUCAUCUAGUGUUUGAUUCUUUCCUGAUAUUAUAUGGUUCUGGUUUGUUCGUGAAAUUCCUCAGCUUCCAGAUUCUUGACAUAAGUUAUUUCUCGCCUUGAUUUUGAAGCCUCUACUUAUUCAUGCGUCUGUAAACAUUGAGGACUUUGGCAGGUUGCGCAUCCAUAUACCUUCGCGGUCACUGACUCGAAAAGACGAGCUUGAAGGGCAUUGUAAAGUCGAUGAGCAUAGAGGCAAACCUGGAUAUUUGGCGAAAUUCGCGACGAAACUUCACUGACAGUCUGGUUUACAAGAAUGAUAAAAUGCAAAGGGGGAGUGGGAUGAAAGCUGUCGAGAUGCUGCGUCGUGCGCAGAACAAUAUUCCAUCAGGGCUAGAUCCCGUCAAAAACAUGUGCCAAAGAUGGUAUCAUUCGUCGAUAAUGAAGAACGAUAUCCUGUAUAUCUAUGGGGGUUAUGAAACAUUCGUUGAAUCUAACAAUCAUGGUGCCAGAACCGGUAAUGUCACUAUUGGUACAAGUAAGUUAGUUGCUUUCAACUCAAUGGCUAGCUAAUAAAACUGGUGUAGACAACUACAUGAUCGGUGUUGGGAUGAACGAGUCCUGGAAUUGGACAAUGGCUUCCGCAAGUCUACCACUGGUAUCAGAACAGGUUUUUGUACCAGAUUCCGAAUCGUCAAAUGCCUUUUCGUCCGUAGUGCUCAAAGGCGCUCUUUUUUCUGGAUCUCCUGGUGGAAAUCAGAUAUAUCUAUAUGGUGGAACUGAGCAAAGCAUGAAUACUAGCUUUUAUGGAUAUACGGAUCCCACAUCACCAAACCAAACCCUUUUAUCAUACGAUGUAACACAGAACCAGUGGGAUUUAAUUAAUGUAGAUUCGACAAUACCCGAAAAGCCCAGCUCCGGAUCAAGUGCUGAUGUGCCGGAUCAAGGCCUGGGGUUUUACUUUAAUGGCGAGAUAAAUCCUGGAUCAAGCACAGAAACUACCUCGAUCCCGGAAGGAAGCUUGGUACCACUAGAGGGUAUGGUUAUGCUAAACAUGACCGACAAUACGACGAGGAAUAUCUCUACUUCUGCCAUCGAUACAAAUUCCAGAACAGGAGGUAUUUUACAGUAUAUCCCUGGGAUAGGAAAAAACGGCAAAGGUAUACUGAUACAAUUUGGUGGCAUGUAUCGUCAAGCUGGUAAUCUAUCAAAUGAACUUGGCACUCUGGUAGGUUACAGCAAGCCCUUGAUAGCUUAAGAAUCUGUCUGACUAGAUUUAACUAGGCUCCAAUGGAUCAAAUCAACAUUUUUGAUAUCAACAGUGUGUAUGACGGGAAAAAUGGGACCUGGUACACUCAGCAGGCAUCGGGAAAUUUACCCCCGAGAAGAAUGGAUUCGUGUACUGUCGUCGCCGCUGCUCCCGACAAUUCGAGUUACAAUAUAUAUCUUUAUGGUGGACAAGAUGGAGAUUCAGUAUCCUAUGACGACGUAUUUGUGCUCUCCUUACCUUCGUUCACAUGGAUUCAAGUCUAUGAGGCUGUGCCAGGAAGCCCUCGUUUUGGGCACACAUGCCAUCUAGUGGGAAAUCGGCAGAUGCUGACGGUUGGUGGCGCUCAAAAGAAGUAUUCCUCUUAUUGUGAUUGGGAGAGUUCAGGGGUGGCUAUAUACGACAUGUACGCGCUAUCAUGGACGUCGACGUUCCAUCACGACGCUAAUAGUUAUAUCGUCCCUGGUAACAUUACUGAUGCUAUUGGUGGAAAGUAUGUGUUCAUCGGAGUACCAAACUGAAUUCUCAUUUGCAUUUACUGAUUGAUGAACAGUUCCAGUGGCUUUGCACGGAUUACACGACCCUCGAAGGAUUUUACGAAUGCGGAUGUCGCCUCGCUCUUCAAUCAAACUUUACUGGGUACGGGUACCGGCACCUCCAGCACUGCCAAUACUACGGGUGGUAUCACAUCCAACCCAUCUGCUAUAGUGUCGCCACCGACUAAUAAUGUAAACCAUGGCGCAAGCACCGGCGUGAUAGCCGGAGCUACCAUUGGAGUGGUGGCUGCCGUUCUAAUACUUUCCUCUUUGCUAUGGGUAUGGCGCAGAUCAUCUAUUGCCGCUGGCACCAAAGGUCAAGGAAAAGCAAGAACUGAAUCACGCCAGUCUCUAGUUGUUGAGGACGCCAAAGCUGUUGAUUGGCUUCGAGCAAAUGUAAUGAGUGUAGCGUACGACCCUAGCAAUCCUUGUCAUGUGCCAGGUAUAGAAGUACGAGCAGAACAAGCUCAAGGAAAAGUUGAAUCUUGAUUUCUUCUCAAUUGAAAGGAUAAGGAAAAUAUGUAUAUAAAUUUUUUUCUUCAUUCGGUGUAUAUAUUCAGCGAGCUCUAAUCUUAUUGUUACAGCACAAUUGUUCUUGU